AUGUGGGGCCCCUGGGGGCCCUGUGGGGCCCCUGGGGGCUCUGGGGGCCCCACAGGAGCCCCACGGGGGGCCCUGUGGGGCCCCCCUAAGUGCCCUUUGGAGGGGCCCCCGGGGGGGCCCCCCGAGGGGCCCCUGAGGGCCCCAGCCAUGCAGCAAGACGGGCGAGAGGUGAGGGGAAACGGAAGGCGAAAAGACAAAACAGCAGCAAGUCCCUUAUGCUGCUGCUGCAGCACUGCAGCAGCAGCCACACGGGGGAGUCCCAGCAGCAGCGAAUGA